UUCGAGGAAGGGAAGAGAGUGGGAGUCGUGGGCAGGACGGGAAGUGGGAAAACGACGUUGAUCAGUGCUUUGUUUCAUCUGGUUGAGCCUCACAGCGGGCGUAUCCUGGUAGAUGGACUUGAUAUAUGCUGCAUUGGGCUUAGAGAUUUGAGGCUGAAACUCAGCAUUAUUCCUCAAGAGCCAACGCUGUUUAGGGGAAGUGUUAGAACAAAUCUUGAUCCAUUAGGCCUUUACUCUGAUGAUGAGAUAUGGAAGGCACUUGAAAAAUGCCAACUGAAGUCAACAAUCAGUGGAAUGCCAAACUUGCUGGAGUCUUCUGUGAGUGAUGAAGGGGAGAACUGGAGCAUGGGGUAAAGGCAGCUCUUCUGCCUUGGAAGGGUGCUUCUGAAGAGGAACAAGAUCUUAGUUCCAGACGAGGCCACCGCCUCCAUUGACUCCAACACAGAUGCCGUUUUGCAGAAGAUAAUAAGGGAGGAAUUUGCUGAGUGUACCGUGAUAACUGUGGCGCAUCGAGUUCCAACUGUCAUAGACAGUGAUAUGGUGAUG